AUGGUUCGUCCGCUAAACUGCAUCGUCGCCGUGGCCCAGAAUAUGGGCACUGGCAAGAACGAGGACCUUCCCUGGCCCCCGCUCAGCAACGAAUACAGGUAUUUCCAAAGCAUGACCUCAACCUCUUCAGUAGAAGGUAAACAGAAUUUGGUGAUUAUGGGUAGGAAGACCUGGUUCUCCAUUCCAGAGAAGCAUCGACCUUUAAAGGAUAGAACUAAUAUAGUUCUCAGUAGAGAACUCAAGGAACCUCCACAGGGAACUCAUUUUCUGGCCAAAAGCCUGGAUGAUGUCUUAAAACUUAUUGAGCAACCAGAAUUAACAAAUAAAGUGGAUGUGGUUUGGAUAGUGGGAGGCAGUUCUGUUUACAAGGAAGCCAUGAACAAGCCAGGCCAUGUUAGACUGUUUGUGACAAGGAUCAUGCAGGAAUUUGAAAAUGACACAUUUUUUCCAGAAAUUGAUUUGGAAAAAUACAAACUUCUCCUAGAAUAUCCAGGUGUUCCUUCUGAUCUCCAGGAGGAGAAAGGCAUUAAGUACAAAUUUGAAGUAUAUGAAAAGGACAAUUAAUAUGAAAGUGUUUUCUGAUCUAUUUCAAGCCUUCUCCUCCCCCGCAAAAAAGAAUUAUGUAUUUUUUGUUGUAGAGACUUCUGUUGACUUUAGAUCUAUGGAUAGUUAUUCCUAAGCAAAGUACUUUUAUUCCCCAUUAAUCUUAACUAGACUGUAUCAGAUAUUAUUUGUGAAACAUUUCUUGCUGUA